AUUUGUCCUUCGCCCUCUUUAACCUUUAUCCGAUGUGCACGCAGUGGGAGGUUUGCAGCUUCUAGUUAGCCUACUAAAUGGGUCCGGGUUGAUCCGAAACAGGUGGGAUUUCAAUGUCCGAUUCUGCUUUCAUGAAACGCCUUCCCUGAUUCGUACAUAACUGUGGUGCCCGUGUACGGAGUAGAAGAAGCAGAGACUCUACCAAGCGAGCGUGACUCAUCAACAAGUCGGCAGCGAGACUGGGAGGGCAUUCCGAGAAGAUUGAAGGCCGCUCUCCACAGGCGGUUGUUGCAUCGCAGAGCCUGACUGUCUCGUGCAGCAUUUUGUGCAGCAUCCGUGGAAAAUUGGGGUUUGGGCUUGGAGCGCUUGUUUGUCCCUUGCAGUUCGUACUUCGCCUUCACCUCCGAGCUCGGUGACGGCGACUUGGCAACAACGAAAACCAAGAACAACAGCCAACCCCAACCCCCCCAGUCACGCGCCAGACCAAGCAGGCCAGAACGUCACCACCAUGGGCGUCGUCCCCGUCAUCGUCGAUCACUCGCCCCACCAUCCCGAUCCGUCGCCGCUCAUCCCCACGGCCUCGAACCUCAUUCUCAUCGACAACUAUGACUCGUUCACCUGGAACGUCUACCAGUACCUCGUGCUCGAGGGCGCCAACGUGACCGUGUUCAGGAACGACAAGAUUACCCUCGACGAGCUGAUCGCGAAGAAGCCGACCCAGCUGGUCAUCAGCCCCGGGCCAGGGCACCCGAGCACCGACUCGGGCAUCAGCCGCGAUGCCAUCCGCCACUUCGCCGGCAAGAUCCCCAUCUUCGGCGUCUGCAUGGGCCAGCAGUGCAUCUUCGAUGUGUACGGCGGCGACGUGAGCUUUGCCGGCGAGAUUCUGCACGGCAAGACCUCGCCCCUGAGCCACGACUCGAGGGGCGUCUACGCCGGCCUGGCCCAGGGCUUGCCCGUGACCCGCUACCACUCGCUCGCCGGCACCCACGUCACGCUCCCCGAGUGCCUCGAGGUCAGCUCCUGGAUCGCCAACGAGGAUGGCUCCAAGGGCGUCAUUAUGGGUGUCCGCCACAAAGAGUACACCGUCGAGGGUGUGCAGUUCCAUCCGGAGAGCAUCCUCUCUGCCGAGGGACGCGCCAUGCUCAAGAACUUCCUGCUCAUGCAAGGAGGCACCUGGGCCGAGAACGAGCGGUUGCAGCAGGCUGCUUCUCAGGCCGCCGCCGCCGCCAGCGCGCAGAGCGGUCCGGCUGGCGACGGAAAGCCCACGCCCGCACCCAAAAACAACAUCCUCCAGAAGAUUUACGCCCACCGCCGAGCCGCCGUUGCCGCCCAGAAGCAGAUCCCCUCUCAACGGCCGUCAGACUUGCAAGCCGCCUACGACUUGAACCUCGCGCCGCCCCAGAUCUCGCUGGUCGACCGCCUGCGCAGCUCGCCGUUCGACGUGGCCCUGAUGGCCGAGAUCAAGCGAGCGUCGCCGUCCAAGGGCGUCUUUGCGCUCGACAUCGACGCGCCCAGCCAGGCUCGCAAGUAUGCGCUCGCCGGCGCCAGCGUCAUCUCGGUGCUCACCGAGCCCGAGUGGUUCAAGGGCAGCAUCGAAGACCUGCGCGCCGUACGUCAGGUCCUCAACGGGAUGGCGAACCGGCCGGCCGUGCUCCGGAAGGAGUUCAUCUUCGAGGAGUACCAGAUUCUCGAAGCGAGGCUUGCCGGCGCCGACACGGUGCUCCUGAUCGUCAAGAUGCUCGAAGCCGACGUCCUGGAGCGGCUCUACAAGUACUCGCUCUCCUUGGGCAUGGAACCGCUCGUCGAGGUGCAGAACGCCGAGGAGAUGGCGACGGCCAUCAAGCUCGGCGCCAAGGUCAUCGGCGUCAACAACCGCAACCUGGAGAACUUCGAGGUCGACCUCGGCACCACAGGCCGGCUCCGGAGCAUGGUGCCCCGCGACACCUUCCUGUGCGCCCUGAGCGGCAUCAACUCGCACCAGGACGUCCUCGACUACAAGCGGGACGGCGUCAACGGCGUCCUAGUCGGCGAGGCGAUCAUGCGGGCGCCCGACGCGUCGCAGUUCAUCAGGCAACUGUGCGCCGGGCCCGAGGCUCCCGCACCGCAGGCCCCGACCAAGCCCCUGCUGGUCAAAAUCUGCGGCACACGAAGCGCCCUGGCAGCCACGGAAGCGAUCAAGGCCGGCGCAGACCUCAUCGGCAUGAUCCUCGUGCCCGGCACGAAACGCUGCGUCACGCACGAGACGGCGCUGUCCAUCUCGCAGGCCGUGCACGCCAGCAAGGCCGACGCCACCGCCACCGCCAACGCCGACUCGCCCGUCCUCCCCGAGCGGGAAGCGACCGACUUCUUCGCCCUCUCCGGCGAGCUCCUGCGGCGCAGCCGCCCCCUUCUCGUCGGCGUCUUCAUGAACCAGCCGCUGGAGGAGAUCCUCGAGAAGCAGCGGCUGUACAAGCUCGACGCGGUCCAGCUGCACGGCGACGAGCCGCUCGAGUGGGCCGGCCUCAUCCCCGUGCCCGUCCUCCGCAAGUUCGCGCCCGGCCAGAUCGGCCUCGGCGCGCGCGGCUACCACGCCGUGCCGCUGCUCGACUCGGGCGCCGGGUCCGGGCGGCUGCUGGACGUGGAGGCCGUGAGGGCAUCGCUGGAGAAAGACGGGCAGUUGUCGGUGCUGCUUGCCGGCGGGCUGGGCCCGGAGAAUGUCGCGGCCGCGGUGGCGGCGCUGGGGCCGCUGGCCGACAGGGUGCUGGGGGUGGAUGUGAGCAGCGGGGUCGAGGUGGACGGGGAGCAGAGUUUGGAGAAGAUUCGGGACUUUGUUCGGGCUGCGAAGGCUAUCCGGUAGUUGUCGUGUCGGGUAUUUAGAGGUACAUGUUGAGUGGUUGUGUUGUUCAACGUUGAGGCUUCAAUGAUCAUACCUCGUGCGGCUUAUCCCGUGGACUUAGGAGCAACGUCACUCGGCCCCAUCUCGCUCUAUGGGCCAAAGAGAUGGUUUUUGGCAAACAGAGUGAUCUCCCUAGCCACAAGCCCCAUGUCUUUCCUGGCUGCUUCCCGCAAGCCAUCGAGGAUUACGUGGCC